AUGUCUCGCAACCAGUGUCCAUGCUGUUCCCUCAGCUUCCAGUUUAGUGUGUAUAGUUUACUGGUGGUGAACGCCAGAGACUCUGAGAUAGAACGACUCAAUAACUUGCUGUCUGACGGUCGACCCAUCAUGUCUCGCAACCAGUGUCCAUGCUGUUCCCCUCAGCUGCUGGACUGCAGACUACUGGCCAAGAACAAGGAGCUCUGUGACCAACUGGAAGAAAGUAAGCAAAAGCAACACGAGGCAAUGGUAAAAGCUGUUGAACUUGCAGAGCGCAACCAACUGUUAGAAAAUCGUAAUAUUACUUCUGCUCGUAGCAACACCAGCCAAGGCAGCAAGCGCUGCUGUUGUGCCGAGAACUCCAAUAAAAUAUGCAAGCUGCAGGAGAAACUAGAAGAGAGAAUCCUGCAAGUGGAGAAACUGGAGCAGGAGUUGAGUGAGUUACGCAAAGCUCACUCGGACCUUCGCUCGGACAAGAUGAGUGUUGACAAAAUAUUGGAGAUCACUUUGGAGGAUAAAAAGAAGAUGAAUGAUCGAGUCAAUGAACUCACUAUGAUUGAGCAUGAUUUAAUGCUGGAAAUUGAGAGGCUAAAACGAACCAACGCUACACAGAAGAGUCAGUUAGCGGAACUUGAGGCACAGGUGCAGAUGCCUGGGCCAACCAACACUGGCGGCCGUGCCAAGACAGCUAAACCUACAUAUGGUGGAACAUCACGGACACAAGAUGUCCGCAGACCAGCUCAGCCAGUACACAAGAAGGUGACCAUCAGUAAACCCACACCUGUACCUCCCAAACCUUCGAGAGUUCCACCCAAGAAGCCGAGCGCUCGAGUCCCCGAGACUACAACGGACACUUCUACUCUGUCGUCUAGUGGACCUGCCAGAGCUGUCCCUCCCCCCUCUAUCUCCACCUCGCCCUCUCCUCCCCCCGACCUGAGAGAUCAGCUGACCCGGGAGAGGAGACAGUUCCAACAACAGCUGGAGGACUUGGAGCGUCAACAGGCAGAACACUGUGCCAAGUUUCAUCCCCCAGCGUGUCCUCGGUCUACCAGGGGUGAAUCUGCGAAUGAAGCAGACGGACAGUGGCUGCUACUAGAACGAGUGCAAGCUGAGAGAGAUUACUAUCACAAAGAGUUCUCCAGACUUAGAGAUCAGCUGUGCAACAUACCUGACCAUUCAGCUGAGUUGCAGGCCAGCACUGGACCAUCCUCCCCACAUCAGAAGCUAGAGAGGUUGUUGACAGAGAGGGACUACUACCACAAGGAGAUGUGUCGUUUGCUAGACAUCCUAAACAAGACACAGUCUAGUCAGUCAGCUAUAAGCCAGCACUGGACCAUCCUCCCCACAUCAGAAGCUAGAGCGGUUGUUGACAGAGAGGGACUACUACCACAAGGAGAUGUGUCGUCUGCUAGACAUCCUAAACAAGACACAGUCAAAUCAGCCAGCACUGAACCAUCCUCUUCACAUCAGAAGCUAGAGACGUUGUUGACAGAGAGGGACUACUACCACAAGUUGCAGGCCAGCACUGGACCAUCCUCCCCACAUCAGAAGCUAGAGAGGUUGUUGACAGAGAGGGACUACUACCACAAGGAGAUGUGUCGUCUGCUAGACAUCCUAAACAAGACACGGUCUAGUCAGUCAGCUAUAAUUGCAGGCCAGCACUGGACCAUCCUCCCCACAUCAGAAGCUAGAGAGGUUGUUGACAGAGAGGGACUACUACCACAAGGAGAUGUGUCGUCUGCUAGACAUCCUAAACAAGACACAGUCAAAUCAGCCAGCACUGAACCAUCCUCUUCACAUCAGAAGCUAGAGAGGUUUUUGACAGAGAGGGACAACUACCACAAGGAGAUGUGUCGUCUGCUAGACAUCCUAAACAAGACACAGUCUAGUCAGUCAGCUAUAAGUAUGAAACUCUAA